AUGGAAAAGGUAAUGGCCAGGGAAUCAAAGUCUCCGAAGUCAGAGAAGGAAUAUGAAAAAUAUGUAAAUCUCAGCGUUCAGUGGAAUCGGUGGCUUCUAAAACCGAUGGGUAUCUGGCCGCAAUCGCGUUAUACUUCAGGGAUAGGAAGGCGCUUCAAAUGGCAGAUAAACAUCGUUUGUUGCGGCUUGAUAAGCUUUCUUUUUAUACCUUGCGGUCUCUACGUGAUGCUGGAAGUGAAGGAAUUCUACGAUAAACUUAGACUGUUUGGUCCGUUGAGUUUCUGUGUAAUGGCGUACUUGAAAUACUACUCCAUAAUCAGUCACGAGAAUGAUAUUCGCGAAUGCAUCGAGCGCAUCGAAUGGGAUUGGAAGAACAUUAAGCAUAGCGAAGACAGAAAUAUCAUGAUAGCCAGUGCGAAUUUCGGGAAACGUUUAGUAAAAGUUUGCACAUUUUUCAUGUAUAGCGGUUUCGUUUUUUAUUACAUCGCGUUACCUAUCAGGGUCGGAAAAAUCGCUACGGAGGACGAAAAUCUGACCUUCAUUCCGAUGGUGUUUCCUUUCUCGGAAUACAUAGCCGAUACCCGGCACAGCCCCGCCAACGAGAUCCUUUUUUCGAUUCAAUUUUUAGGAGGCGCUGUGAUUCACGGAAUCGCGGCUGCUGGCUGCAGCUUGGCAGCCGUGUUUGCGAUCCAUGCUUGCGGUCAAAUGAAAGUUUUGAUGUGCUGGCUGAACCAUUUGAUAGACGGCCGACCGGAUCUGUGCAAAACGGUGGACGGUAGAAUUGCAAACAUUGUGAACCAACACGUACGAGUAUUGGAAUUUUUAUCACUCACAGAGAAAGCAUUGCAACAAAUAUCUUUUGUGGAAUUCACAGGAUGCACAUUGAAUUUGUGCCUCCUUGGUUAUUACGUAAUCAUGGAAUGGAAUUGGGAGGAUUUAACUGUUUCCGCAACGUACGCGAUCAUACUUUUGUCUUUUCUCUUCAAUAUCUUUAUAUUUUGUUACAUAGGCGAACAUGUCGCAGAACUGUGCAAACAGGUUGGCGAGAUGUCCUACAUGGUCGAAUGGCAUCGAUUAAAAGGAAAUCGAAGACUGAGCUUCGUUUUAAUCAUUGCGAUGUCAAAUCUGUCGACGAAACUUACUGCAGGAAACAUGGUCAUUUUGUCCCUUAGCACUUUCGGUGAUGUCGUUAAGACGUCCGUCGCUUUCUUGAAUAUGUUACGAGCCACGACGUGAUCGUUUUCCAAAUUACCCAAAUAAUACAAUCGAUAUGUUUGCGGCGAAAUCCAAUGUACAACUAAAGAUUAUCACUUGUAGAACUAAGAAAUUACCUGUACUUGUAUUUAUUGAAAAUAACA